AUGGCGGGGUACCCGGAGGACAACCAGCACGCGUUGAACGGGUACGACGAGGAGGAGGUCGACGAGGAGGAGGGGCACCCCGGGAGGCGGGGAGGCCGGGAUGGGGCCUCUGGGUACGGCGAUGCUGGCGGAGAGGAUGGGCGGGGGGCGGGCGGCGACUCGUCGGGGAAGAUUUUUGUCGGAGGCGUCGCUUGGGAGACAACUGAAGAAUCAUUCUCCAAGCAUUUUGAGAAGUAUGGGGCAAUAACUGAUUCUGUAAUUAUGAAGGACAAGCAUACUAAGAUGCCUCGUGGAUUUGGAUUUGUUACAUUUUCUGAUCCAUCUGUUAUAGACAAGGUUUUGGAGGAUGAUCACGUUAUAGAUGGCAGAACGGUUGAAGUCAAGAGGACAGUCCCGAGGGAAGAGAUGACCACCAAAGACGGCCCUAAGACAAGAAAGAUCUUCGUCGGUGGGCUACCACCAUCUCUUACUGAAGAUGAGUUGAAGGAUCACUUUUCAUCGUAUGGUAAGGUGGUUGAACAUCAGAUAAUGCUAGAUCAUAGCACUGGGCGUUCUAGAGGGUUUGGUUUUGUCACUUUUGAAAGUGAAGAUUCUGUUGAAAGGGUCAUAUCAGAGGGGAGAAUGCGUGAUCUUGGUGGGAAGCAGGUUGAGAUAAAGAAGGCUGAACCAAAGAAACAUGGAUCUGAUCACAGCAGUAAUGGGAGAUCAAGCCACGGAGGUGGAGGUUACCGCAAUUCUUACCGUAGUGGUGGUGGAGCUGGUAAUGCCAGCAGUGGCAGCAGUGGGGGUGGCGGCGGUUAUGGGUAUGGUGGUGCUUAUCAAUCUGCUGCAGCGGGUUAUGGAUAUAAUAGUGGCGCAGGAGCAGGAUAUGGCUAUGGUAGAGGGUAUGGCUAUGGAGGCAAUGCUGACUUUGGGUCUGGUUUUGGCAGUGGUUAUGGUGGAUCCAUGUAUGGAGGUGCAUAUGGCGCAUAUGGUGCCUACGGUGGUGGCGCCUAUGGAGGGGGCGCCUAUGGAGGCGGUGCCUAUGGAGGUGGCGCCUAUGGUGGCGCCCCAGGUGGUUAUGGCACUGGCGGGUAUGGCAGUUAUGGCGGAGCAGGUGGAGCUGCUGGUGGUACUGGUGGUGGGAGUACAGGUGCUCGGGGUUCUAGCAGUUGGCCAUUGCAUACUGCUUGUAUGCACAUUGCGCUCAGGAAGACAAACUUGAUGGGGGAGGUAAUAUUUGAUACUGUUGAUAAAGCACUUAACUUAUGGUUGGAGAUGGAGACUUUUGAUCAUUCUUCUUCUGAUAUGGGCUGUUUUGAGCUUCAGUUUAAGUUGUGCAAGGUUAUGAUAAUGAUAUGGAAGCAAGAAAAUUUACCCCUUGAAAAGCUCUUGUCCUUGCUGUUCACCAGUGGGCGCCUUAGUCAUGCAUGCUGUUAUCUUCCACUGGAUGAGCGAUUUCUUUCUAUUGCCACAGAGCAUCUUGGUAGGAUGCUGCCAAGUGCCUUAUUUAUUCCUCAAUCAUGUAAGCAUCCCUUUGGAAGGCAGUUCAGUUUUGAAACGAGUGUUGAUGAAGUCAGCAAAGUUGCCUCAUCUCUGGUAUCUGAAUUAUUGUAUUCUAGUUUGCAGGUUACAUCAAAUGACCAAUCAACCUUUCUAGCUGGCUGUUUAUACUAUGACUUGUCAGAAAGAGUUUUUUCACGUGGACAACUUUUCCAGGCCUUUUCAUAUGGAAAAGAAGCCCUCCAUUUGCACAAAAAGCUCCUAAAAAAGAAGUUCAAACUCAAUUCGGGCAUAUCUGGAUAUAUGGAAAGACAACACUGUAGGCAGGACAUUUCUCUUGAAGUGUGUGGCCCAACAGUAGUUGAGAUUUGGCCAAAUUCCAUCAGAUCAAUCGACAUGAGGGAUUCUUUCCUUACUCCAUGGAAUGUCCUUAGGUGCUAUCUUGAGAGCACUUUACAGGCUAUCGCCAUAGAAGAAAAAAGUCAAUCUAAAUGGAAGCAGUUGGGCGAACUCGCCAUGUCCACAGGCAAGCUCGUGAAUGAUAGCUUAUUGGCAUGGGUAUGCCACAACUCUACAUUGCAGCUAGAGUUGGCGGAGGAAUGCCUUCUUCAAGCGAAGGAUUUAAGUGGCUUGUUGCUACUGUACUCAUCUCUUGGAGAUGCUGAAGGAAUUGAAAAGCUUGCUUCUUUGGCAACGGAACAUGGAAAAAACAAUGUUGCUUUCCUCUGCCUUUUUAUGCUUGGUAAAGUGGAAGAUUGCAUACAGUUGCUUGUAGACAGUAACCGUAUACCUGAAGCUGCAUUAAUGGCACGAUCAUAUCUUCCUAGCAAAGUACCAGAGAUAGUAGCAAUUUGGAGAAACGACCUCAGUAAAAUUAAUCCAAAAACUGCAGAGUCUCUGGCAGAUCCUUCUGAAUAUCCAAAUUUAUUUGAAGACUGGCAGGUUGCUCUAACUGUAGGAAAAAACAUUGCUUCUCAGAGGGGCCAUUAUCCUCCUGCUGACCAGUACUUGAAUCAUGCUGACAAGUCAGACAUGAUUCUUGUUGAAGCUUUCAAAAGGAUGAGGUCAUGGAGCAUGAGGAACUUGAAGAUGCAGCUGAGGAAAAUGGAGAAUCUGAUCAACUGGUAUGUUACAGCUGUCAGGUUUUUAGUAGUGUGGAAGUUCUUAAUCACCAAUGUUGCUAUGAUGCACGAAUUGAUUGGCAAUGGUGCUGAAGCAGAAGCUCUCUUACGGACAGGAAAAGAGAUAUCAAAUUUCCAUGGUUUAUCAGUUUUCUGUAUUGUCUUUACAUCAUCUCUAGGUGAACGCUGCACACAUGCAUGCAUGUGCAUGCAUGAUGCAUUCACGUCGGCGUCUUGGCGAAAGACAACAGACUGGGCUGCCGCUGCGCCGGCUGCUGCUGCUGCUGGCCAUCGCCGUCCCCGGCGUCGACGCCCCUGCUGCUCCCGCCGCCCCUGCGGUUCCUCCUAUCGUGGACGGACGACGUACCGGUCGCCUCCGCGGAUGCCGAGGCCGAGGCCGCGGUCGGACAGGCUCGCGGAGCUGCUCAGGGCCGAGGAGCCGUCCGAGUGCAGCGGCGAGGCUGAGGCCGAGGCGGCGGACGCCGUGGCUGCCAGGAAGGUGGAGGCGUUCGAGGAGUUGAAGGGCGUGGUCGGCGCGCUCUAG